GUAAUAUUUUUUCUGUUUUGCUUUUACGAUGGAAUUAAAUAUUUUUGUUUUAGUUGUUGUAUUUUUAAGCUGUGUGCAAUUUAGUGCCUUGUCAGAGUCUAGAGAUGUGUCAAAGAUUUUGUCAAGAAGAAAACGGUAUGUCGCUUUUCCAGAAGGUUCCAGUUUUUCGUGCGCCGGCUGUGUGACAGUUGGUCUGAUUGGUCAGCCGGCUCCAUCAUCAAGUCCUGGAACUUUCACCUUCAGUCUUAACUGGGCGAUUGCCUAUGAGUUGCCCAAUGUGACAGAAGCUACCAUCUACUUCUUACAGAAGAAAUACUAUAAAAGACAGCAUUUACAGAAGAGAAUCAAUAGGAGGGAAUUAUAUGGGAAAUUGGAGACUAUAUUGGAUAAUAUGGGAUAUAGUGGGAGGGAAUGUAUUUUGAAGACGCUAUGUGAGACCACUCAAAGACUAGUCCCGCAUGGAGACAACGUGGUUGAAGAGAUGUUCAGAACUUUAUUCACCAUGCCACCAGCGAAAGUCCUACCAACGGAGCCUUUGGAGCAUGCAAUAUAUGAUGCCGCUCAUCGUUUGGGCCGUAUCGUCAACUCCUGUGAUAGGUUCAAAUGUCCAAUCUCAUUGGUGGACUUAAUCAAGGGUUAUUACAAUGCUCCUGCACCAAAAGUUGACUUGGGAAGAAACCCUUGGGCAUUGUUUAGUAGUAAUUUUGGAUAGAAUUUAUUUUGAUGUGUUUUUAUUCUAAAUGUCCAUAGGUGGGUUAGAUAUAGGUUGUAUUGUUAUGUUUGUGUAGUCACAUUUAGAAAUAAAUGGGAGAUUAGGACUUCAACAAUUAUUUUUAGGAAAAGCGCUAUAGGGAGCGAGUUUAGUUAAGUUAUUAGUUUUUAAGAUUAUAAAUAAUAUAUUACAUAAAUGUAAAUCGUUGUGACGUCUGUUUAAUACUCAAUUGCUUACGUAUUCGGCUUAUUCACGUAAUUAUUUGACGAGGAACUCGACUAGUUUCAAGCCAUGUUAGUGACUCAUAUUCAUGAGUAGCAUUCCGUGACCCGCGACGCGACGACUAUAGCACUGCUA